AUGAUGACGACGUGCCGUCUGCUGUGCGCCCUGUUGGUGCUUGCCCUGUGCUGCUGCCCGUCCGUGUGCGUGGCAGACGCUCAGCCUGAAAAGCCUCCUAAUGGAACCACGACGAAUACAGCACCGGCAUCAGUCCCCAAGGAGAAGUCCACACUCAAAUCUAAUGUUGUUGUCGUUCAACCGCCUUCACCACCAGAUCCAUCACAAGGGACCGCCGGUCAGCCAAGGUCGUCAAUUAUGGGUUCCGUUGCAAAGCCGGGAAAUGAUGGCGGAGGAGGACCAGGAUCUACCGGUACGGGAACGAAACCAAAUGAGGUGUCCAAUACGUUACAGGCAGAUGGUAAUAAGGAUAAGACAGAAUUACCCAGUGAAAAGAGACUAUCCGAGGAACGGGCAAAUAGGGUGUCUGAAGAUUCUACCGAAGAGACCACGACGACCACCACAACAAAGGCACCAACCACGACGACCACCACCACUGCGCCAGAGGCACCAAGCACUACGACUACAGAGGUGCCAGCUGUGUCGACCACCCACGCACCGUCACGUCUUCACAGAAUCGACGGCAGCCUCAGCAGCUCUGCGUGGGUGUGUGCCCCGCUGGUGCUCGCCGCAUCCGCGCUGGCGUACACCGCUCUGGGCUGA